AUGAGCGGAACAAACCCCAAGCCAACUGUUCCAAAUUCAACAGCUAGUGCUGCUACAAGUAUAAUAACAAUAUCAGAUGCCACGCAACCAAGACGUCAGAUGGUUCAGGAUUAUCUGGUCAUUUGGGUCGAUGGUAACAUCGAUGAAAGCCAUGAAGACUGCCAGAAUACGCUGGCACAAUUGCGCGCAACUGUAAGUGAAGUGAAUGUGUUCAGGACAUCCGAAGAAUGUAUCGAGUUCCUCAAUAAAAUUGACGAGGGAAAAGCUUUCGUCAUUUCAUCUGGUGCUUUAGGACGAAGCCUCAUACAUGACAUUCAUGGCAUGCCAAAAGUGAAUGCCAUUUAUAUUUUUUGUGACAAAAAAGCGCGCCAUGAACCAUGGGCGAAAGAUUGGUCAAAGAUUCGAGGUGUUUUCACCUCAAUCAAACCAAUAUGUGAAUCGCUCAAAAAGGUCGCCCGUGAGUGCGAUCAUGAUUCAAUUCCAAUGAGUUUCAUUCCAAAGCAAUGCGCGUCAGAUGCAGCAUCGAACGAGCAAAAUCUUAAUCAGCUACCGCCAACAUAUAUGUACUCGGUGAUUUUGAAGGGCAUCAUAUUAGAAAUCGAUGAUGAUGACACCAAAUCUAUUAAGGCUUUAGAAGUCUAUUGCAAAAAACAAAAUAUUCCUGACGCAGAAAUAAAUGAACUAAAGUGUAAAUACCACCAGAAAUCGCCAGUAUGGUGGUAUACAUGUGACAUAUUUCUGUAUGGUAUGCUUAAUCGUGGAUUACGAUCGCUUGACAUGAAAGCGAUGUCCAAGUUAGGCUUUUUUAUUCGAAGUCUUCAUCUUCAACUGAAACAAUUGCAUCAGGAACAAGCAACAAAUUUCCAGAAACCAUUUACGGUUUAUCGUGGUCAAGGAAUGAACAAAGAAGACUUUCAGAAUCUACUAGAUUCAAAAGGUGGUCUACUAUCGUUCAACAACUUUUUAUCGACUAGUAUGGAUCAAAAAGUGACCACGAGUUUCGUUCAAGGAGCCCUGCAAAAAAAUGAAGACGUUGUUGGUGUUAUUUUUAUUAUGAAAAUCGAUCCAAGUAGAAUAUCAUCUUCAAUCACACCAUUUGCAAUGAUUCAUGAUCACAGUGCUGUUCCAUCAGAACAAGAAAUUCUAUUUACAAUGCACACUGUUUUUCGUGUCGCUGAAAUUAAACAGAUGGCCACGAAUAGUCGUCUUUGGAAAGUACAAUUGACUAUUACUGACGACAAUGAUCCACAACUUUCUGCUCUUACCAAUCGUAUCAAAGAGGAGAUCAGCGGUCGAGGAUGGCAACGAAUGGGUCAAUUGAUGCUCACAGUGGGUCAUCUUGAUCAAGCUGAAGAACUCUACAAUGAAUUACUCGAGAAUGCUUCUAAUGAUAGUGAUAAGGUACAUAUCUAUGAUCAGCUUGGAUGGUUGAAGGACAACCAAGGGAAAUAUCCAGAAGCACUUGAAUUUUACGGAAAAGGCCUCGAGAUAACGAAAAACACUCUGCCUCCGAAUCAUCCCAAAUUGGCUACUUCCUACAACAACAUUGGUUUAGUGUAUAGAAACAUGGGCGAAUAUUCGAAAGCACUUGAAGUUUACGAAAAAUCACUCAAAAUAAAAGAAAUAUCUCUGCCUCCAAAUCAUCCCUCUUUGGCUACUUCCUACAACAACAUCGGUAGUGUGUAUAACAGCAUGGGUGAAUACUCGAAAGCAUUUGAAGUUUACGAAAAAUCACUCAAAAUAAAAGAAAUAUCUCUGUCUCCAAAUCAUCCCUCUUUGGCUACUUCCUACAACAACAUCGGUAGUGUGUAUAACAGUAUGGGUGAAUACUCGAAAGCACUUUCCUAUUUAGAAAAGGCACUUAGUAUUAAACAAAAGUCACUUCAUUCAACACAUCCCAGCAUUAAAAACGUAAUGACUAGUAUAGCUGCAGUGAAAAAGAAGUUGUAA